AGCAGCAGGAACAGCGGCGGCACGAAACGCAACACAGAGGGGUAGCUGUGAAAUCUCCCGAGUCUCGUUCUCGACGCCUCUCUCAAGAUACAUUUACCCCCUCUCCACCCCUGUUGAAGCAGGCUCAGCAAUAAGUUGUCCGCAGUCAUGUACGUGAAGGUGGUGUUUUUCGCGGUGGCUCUGGCUCUGAUUGGCGCGGCAGUCGCGGCAGACUCAGAUGGAUGUUCCGGGCUAACUUCAUGUGAUAAAUGUGUGGAAGUAUCUGAAUGCCUCUGGGCUAAUUGCUCAUCAACUCUUGGCUGUUACAAUGGGACUCUAAAAGGAAAUGACUCCUGCAGUAACGCCAGCUGCUCCGGCUCUGUGAGUACGCCCAAUCCUACAACCCCCAAUACUACUGUUGUUCCCACCACCUCUAACAGCAACACCACAGAGAAUGGAACCAGUGCUACUACUCCUACUGCUACCCCCAAUCCACCAACAGCACACUCCAACUCCUCGAGUACUUCUUCAACUGUAACUGUCACAACAGUCAGCCCGACAACCGCCCCUCACAAGAACUCGACUUUUGAUGCCGCAAGCUUCAUCGGUGGGAUAGUGCUGGUCCUGGGGCUGCAAGCCGUCAUCUUCUUCCUCUACAAAUUCUGCAAGUCCAAGGACCGCAACUACCACACCCUUUGAAAAGCUCCCACUUGACCUAUCCUCGCCAACUAGACCCUUCCAGAGAAAGCUCCCUGAUCAGCACACACUCAUCCGCGUGGUCUCAAACAGUGUUUUCAAGCAGGUUAAUUUUGUAAUCAAUCAUCUUUGUGGCGCUUGUGAUUCUAGCCUCCCUUAGUGCUGCUGUUGUAGUCACUAUAGAGGAACCCACGCAUGCCCGUAUGUGUGAUAAAUCAACCGCCAAACAGAUCCUCAGUGACGAGGCAUUCAGGCCUUGAGCAUAUGGAUUACAUCAUCCGGUAGCUGCUCCCACCUCCAUCAUGCAGUUACUCAUUUCUGCAAAGACCAUUUCCCAGUGAAUCUGAAAGGAAGGGGGCUUGUGUUAUUUACAGCCUUCCUCCUCAUACCUUCGUCAGUUAAAUAGGCCACAUAAGAGUUAAAAGAAUUAGCCAUGUAUACAAAGCGGCUCAGGAGUCGUACCGCUACAGAGGUCACGUUGAUUUGGAAACACUGUUUGAGAUCACAACUGCUCUUUAACACGACGACUUUGAUGAUUCAGUUUUGCUUUUGCCCUGUUAAAUUGUGGUUUCCUCCCCUCUGUGCAGCUGUAUUAUGUAUAUUUGUUCAUAGAUGAUGUAAAAGAGGCGGGGAUUCUUUUUUUUUUUUAAAAAAAAAGGGGAUAAAAGCAGAACCAAAUCAUCCAAUGUUGUGGAUAAAACAAAAAAACAGGCUUAUUUAUUGAUGGGUGUCUCCAGUAACAUUUAGGAGUGCUGUGUGUUUUCUCCUGCUGAAUCCCCCCCGUUCCAUCCUAAUAUUCAAGAUGUUAAAACACCAACUGCCAGCGGGGCAGCUCAGUGCAAUAAAUCAUGUAUCGAGCUUAAUUCCCAGCCAUUAAUCUCCCAAACUUCCUGAUUUUAACCGGUGUCAAAUUGUCCAUGCAUGGGUUGCCAACGUGGAGCUGGCUGUUCUAUUCUGUGGAGUAGUUGAAAGGAUCAAAAAUUAAUGAUGGUAGAAUAUUUGUUAAAAACAAUAAUGGGGAAGUUUUGGGUUGGAUUUUUGUUUGUUUGUUUUAACAGUAAGUACAUUUCUUGAUGUACACAGUGAAAGCAGUGAAGUGCCUUUAAUGUCCUAUAUGACUUAAAGAGAAGGAGGGGUGAGUGUUUAUUAGUUUAUAAGAGAGAGAGAACUGUAUCGCCGUGAGAACCAUCGUAUUGCAGCUGGACUGAAGAGCCUUUAAUGUUGGUGAAUACAGUAGAUGGUGAUAACAGGAGGGCCUGGAUCUUUUUUUUUUGGGGGGGGGGUCCACUGUAAGUUAAACAGAUAUUCAGUGCAUGAAACCCACAGUUACUUCAGUGGUGACUUUGUAGAAAGUACUUAAAGGUACCCUAGCAUCUAAUUUACCCUCUAAAAGCUCGCAAUUCAUGUUUUCCAAGUUCAACCAGGAAGGGGGGUUUUAGAGUGGUGUUGUAAAUCUGAGUGAAGACAUGGGGAGAAUAUUGGGCGUGUUUAAAAACUUGAGAAUCAGAGAGAGUGAAUUGGGGUAAAUGUUGGACUGUUUUGACUGUUUUGUUGUUUUUGUCAAAUGAGCAUCGCACCUCUUGAUUUUGGAUUUUUGCCAUGUUAAGUGAGAGGAUUGUGAAUGAAGAAACAGCUUGGUGGCUGUGCUUAAAGCUUGUGCCGAUUCCUCUGAUUAGCUUGCUGCUAACUGUGAUUAUUUUCUUAUCUCUCUUGUACAUAGCCACAUCCUGUCUUUGUUUUACUUAAGGAAAAGCUAAAUGAGGUGUUUUUUUUCUGAGUUGUUGUGGUUGUUGUUGUUGUUUUGUUUUUUUCUUGUAGUUGCUUGUCAGUGUCAGGAAUGUUUUCUUUAAAUGCCUUUUUUCCCCUCUUGCAUGCUGGAUGCUUGGAGUUGUGUUUUUUCCUUCAUUUGCAUAUGCUCUUAGGGAUUUCAGCUCGACUUAAAAAAAAACAAAACAAAACCCCCCCACUUGAUUAUUUGUGAUUAGCCCAUAUGCUAGUUGAAAGAAUGCCUUGAAUCAGUGUGCAUCAAGCCAAAGUUCUCAGUUUAGGCAUGGAAAUUGAGCAUUGCACUGACGAGCUUUGUUUUCUAUCUUUGCUUUUGUAAAUGUUUUCAUGGUUUAGCCAAAAAAAAUAGAAAAAAAAUGCUUGCAUAAAUACUCGUCCUGAAAUAUUACUAGAUAAUGAAUGAAUGAUCAGCUUGUUUUUUAAGACAUUCAGUGGAAAUGUUUUUCUUCUUAUUGUUUGAUUUGGUUUGGGUUUUUUUGCUUAGGUGAUUUUGGAUUACACGUUUUCUGCUGCUCACCAUUAACACGCCUUUAAAACCUACAGUCACCUGAUGGCAUUAGGCUACAGCCCAAAGACCCAUGUGUGGCAGGUAGGCUGCAGAGUUUUUUGCCUUAGCUGCACCCCUUCGUUCACUCUCUGUACGUGGAGUCCCUUUGGCCAAUUUAAAAGUAACAUUUGAGUUCAUUCCCAGCUGCUGAGUGGGCUGCUGUGCAACUCUGUUCAGCGUGGUCGCUGCGUUCCUUACAAACGGGGCAUCAAAUGUUGAUAUCCAUGGAUAACUGAUCUCCAUUGUGUUUACUCUGCAACUUCUACAAGAUACCUACGCAGUCCCUGCACCUUUUUAAGGAAAAGUGCCUUAUUCAGUUGAUUUCAUAGAUAUAUCUAUAGAUAUAUAGUUGUAUUGCAAAAUGAUAUGCCACAUGUAUUAAGUAACGAUGGGACUCAGCACUUUCAGGCCCCUGUGAAGUGUUUUUCUGUGUCGUAUUCUGCUUAAAUGUCUGUUUAUGUCACAAUCGGCCUUAACUUCUUGAUCAAACGAGCAGUGAUAAGCAUGGUGGGGUGGGGCGGAAGGGAGAGGUUGACUGUGUUCCAUUCUUUCAAGCGAUGCCAUUGAAGCAGCAUUUUAAGUAUACAGCAGAAUCAAAGGUGCUGCUUUAGUGAUGUGAAUCCUUUACGUUUCAGCUUAAAGCACGCAUGUGACCUGGACAGCCUCUCACCAACAUAUAGAGAUAAAAUUCACCAGUAAAGUUGCAACCACAGCCACAAACCUCUAGCGUUGUAAAGUCACACUUCCUCCACGCUACAAAUGGUCACAUGGUGACUCCACUUUGGUUCUAAUUUGCAAUUGCUGCAUCAGAUGACCUUGCUUUCUGUCUUUUGUAAGAUUUCAAAUUCAAAAUCCAAACUCGUUUGGUUGCGGAGUUCUCUCAUAUCAGUGUUCUGCUCAGAGAGAGAGAUGUGUAUGUUUUAUUUCAUUUUUUUUCCUCCUUUCUCUCGUGGGUUUAUUGCUUUUGUCUGUUUUGUUAAAGGCCAUCAGUCUUGUAGGUACAACCUUUAAGCUUUCCCCUCUCACACAGCCAUAUGUAGACUCCUGCAGGUGCCAGAAUGCCUCCUAAAAAGUUUUGUGCUUAUUUUGUGCCCUUCUUUUCUCCCACUUCCUCUUAAACUUUGUUUUGUUUUUCUUUUUUUUUCUUUUUUUUGCCUCGUUUCCUAGUGUUGCCUUUAAUUUCACAAUGUUAAACCAAUAAAGUUUGAAUAUUGUAAAAUGAA